AGAUAACACCAGUAAUGAGUAAACUCCUACUUAUAAAAGACAAAAACCGAACAAAAUAAUUAAACUUAAUUCUUGUUUCAAAACAUCUCAUCUAUACAGACUGUGAUUGGUUAAAAAGGGGGGAAACAUUCAAACAAGGUUAUUUGCCAUUGGUGAGUUUAUGUACCAGCCCUGUCUGUUUGGUUUAUCAGCUGGAGAUUCCCUUCUGGAGGUGUUUGGGAGCAAAUGUUUUAGAGAUUUUGUUGUUGUUGUUAUUAAGUUACUUAACACUUACCAGUGACAGGAGAUAAAAGGGAAACUACCUAUAAACGUCAGUAAAUAAGCGUUGUAUUUGUGUUUCCAGUUUCUGCUGUUGACUGCAACAGGAUACGGGAAGUUGGACUAUCAGCCUUACUUUGUUGUUACAGAAGUUAUUUUGAGUAUUGCUAUUUUCCUGUGAAUCGAAAGUACAUAAAGAACGGGCGUUGAGCUCCUACAGACACCCGAGGUACAGCCUGUUUCAGAAGCUGGUGUCUUAACUGAUGCACGCUGAUCGGUUUAUGCACAGGUGUUUUACAAAACAUUUGGUAGGCGUUCAUGGAUACAGCAGUGGAUUAUUUUACUUGGUCUGAUGGCAGUCCCACACAUUUGUGAUUCUUUAGGAUUUAUCUUUUAAAACGGUGUGUUUUUCUUUACAGUUUACAUUGGCACGCAAUCUGCAUGGAGUUUUAUGUGGGUCUGAACCUUCUGCAGAACUGUUAUGCAAUGGAAACUGCCACAUUUUGACUUGGACAGCGGGGAUUACCUACUGACCUUUCGAAAGGACGCGUUGACUACAUAUUAUUUACCAAACUAACUUACCACUCCUUUUUGCAUCUGAUUGUUUGUUUCACCAAGUUUUGUAGCAAUGGCUUCUGGUGAUAGGGAGGACUUUAAAAAACAAUCAGAAGAUUGUGUAGCGGAGGAGACGUGCGAUUCUGGCAUUGAUUCGAUUAGGUCGCUACGCUCAAUCAACACAGAAGAUUACCACAAGGAAAGGGAAAGAGUUGUUGAGGAGGACCGAAUUUUAGGCAGCCGUCUUCCUCAUCAUCCAGAUGAGCACACGGACAUUUCACUGGAAGGACAAACAGUGGAUGAACGCCUUGAUUCAAACUAUGGUUCGUCCUCUAUCACAGAUUCGGUUGAGCUGCCCAAAGUGCAGAUAUUGCGCAUCACGGAAGACUCAGCACCAAACCCUGACCCUUCGUGUAUAUUUACAUACUUAUCGGACGAGGGCGACACUUUUCUGCAUCUAGCCAUAAUCCAUGGAGUAUUGGGACUUGCUUUGCAGUUCAUCUUGGUUGUUCCAAAGGAGAUUUUGGAAAUUCAGAAUGAUCUCUUACAGACACCGUUGCAUCUGUCAGUUUUUCUGAAUCAGCCUGAAGUAACACGGUGCCUGAUACUAAAAGGAGCAAACCCUGAAGUCCCAGACCGCAAUGGGAACACACCCCUCCACCUGGCAUGUGAAUAUGGAUUUGUGCAGUGUGCAUCAAUGCUUCUGGAUGAGUUCACAGAGGAAGAGCUGAAGUCACCAUUUUAUGACCCAAGUGUAAGAAUAGAGCAAGACCUGGAACUGCAAAACUGGCAAGGCUUGACAUGUUUGCAUGUUGCUACCAUUUAUGGGCACAUUAAUCUGGUGGAUUAUCUGUCAAACAAGAGAGCCAAUAUCAAUUGUAAGGAGGGUACAGGAGGAAGAACCCCUUUACAUCUAGCAGUAGAACUACGGAACAUUUCAAUGGUGCACAUUCUACUGAAACAAGGGGCUUACGUAGAUGCAACUAUGUAUAAUGGCUGCACACCACUUCAUCUGGCUGUGGGGCGAAAGGACACUGCAGUUGCUACCAUCCUAUGCCAAUCGGGUGCAGACACGCUGCUUCGAAAUUUGGAGGAUGAGACUGCACAAGACUUAGCUGAAGGUGAUAGUGAUAUUUUGGCUUUGUUUCCAUUUGAUGAUGUGAAGAUUUCUGGUAAACCAGUUGUCUGUACUGAGUGAACAUCUGGAAUGGCUUCUUCAUCUUUAGAACCUACAGAAUGUCAUCAGUGAAACAACAUGAGAAAGUAAAGAGCCAGUGGGCACUACAUGCAAUCAAAGAUUUUAAAAGACUACCGUAAUGUACAUAGCGUACAUAAAUUACUUUUUAACGCUGCUGUUAGAGACUGGACAGCUGGAGAAAAAUGCAGCAAAAUUAAUAUGAUUUUAAAAGCAUAUAUCUGGCAGGCAGACGUGCAUAGCAGAAUCUUUGAGACCUCCAAGAGUGGAGCCAUGCUUUCAGAGUUAACUACACCUUUUUUUUUUUCCAGAUAAUAGGCACAGAUCGGGGCACUUGGAAGAAAGAUAUUCCAACUCCAACAUGGGCAAAUAUUGUUUGUGAAGUUAGUGAAUGAAGUUAAAUAAAAUGCUGCUGUUCUGGUAAUGUAUUGUCUUACAGUUCACAAAGUUAAAGCCAGCUUAUAAAUUAGCUACUGUUGUAAGAGAUGGGUUAGAUUGCUUCUUGUACUGCAGUCCAGAAAUUAUCAUUCUGACUAAAUGAGAAAGCAUUUUUUCCCAUGGUGCACUGUCUACUGUCUCUCUCCCAAGAUGAACAGUUUUGCUGGUAAAUUACAGCCUUUUGAAAAGUGGUUAAUAAGAGAACAGUCUUUUCAAAAGCAAAAAUUUCUCAUAUAUGUAUUAUUGCCAGAAGGUCUGUAUCACUGGAGCGGAGUACUGAAUGGGAAGUAAAACACAUUAAAGUUAAUCCUUAAUUUAAAAAAGCAAGGUGUCAUAAUGGUCAGUGUGUUGCUCUGCAAGCUUGCAGAACUGGUUUUAAAUCCUGACAGCUCCCACUUGCAUACUUAGUGACGCUUAGCAAGUCUCUUAAUGUGCUUUCACAUAUUUUGUCUAAUAGGACAAUGUAUACAUUUUUUCUCAGCACAGUAAGGGCUUGUGUGACUGCACUAGAGCAUUGGAUGACUGUAGGAAUAAAGACUCGCCUGUGUUUCACCUUCUGUCCGUCUUUGAGGGGAGCUUAGAAGAGGGCACAGCAUUGAUGUACACCAUGCAGACUGUUGUACUUCAGAAAAGCUCUGUUUUAUAUAUUUUCCCAGUAGCACAAUACAUUAACUAAAUGCUAUUAACAGAGAAAAUAUUUUCUAAAUGUUUUUGUUACAGAAGUUAUUUUUUGACAAAAAAGUAUCAAUUUUAAUAAACAUCCCUUCAUUUUUUAUAUUUAA